AUGGAGAAAGACCGUGUUGAGGAACCCCCUGAGAGUGUUGAGACUACCUCCAAUGUGUUCAAUCUGUUGUUAGAUGAGAUCACAGCCCGUUGCAACAAACAGACAAAGGAGGUCAACAAAUGGCUUCUCUACACCAAGAAUUUCAAACAGACUAUUGCCGAUACAUUGGAGAAGGAGAAACUCAAGAAACAAGGUGCUGAUAUCAAGGCUAUGAGGUGGCAACCUAGGACUCCCAGGACCCCUAGAACACCGAGAACACCGAGAACACCGAGAGCAUUCCAAAUACCUAAUUAA